GGAUGAUGCAUAGAUAUCCUACCCCAGAGCACUCACAUGGACGCUUACGACUAUCUGUUCAAAUUCAUCCUGAUUGGUGACUCAGCUGUCGGGUUUGGCUACACACACGCCGAGAACAGAAAAACGAAAUCUGACUGCACACUGGCCUUCUCUUUGAUUCAGCAAGUCGUGCAUUCUGACAAGCCUGAUCGAGAAUAAAUGUAAGAUGUAUGGCUGUCGCCAAAGCUGCACAGCUGUGAAUGUGUGCUGGGUGUAGUCAAGAAGGGUUCAUCGCACACGAUAGGCGUGGAAUUCGGCUCGAAGAUCAUCAACGUGAGCGGGAAGCGAGUCAAGCUGCAGAUAUGGGACACUGCAGGGCAGGAGAGGUAUCGGAGUGUGACUAGGAGCUACUAUCGAGGCGCUGCUGGAGCACUGAUCGUCUAUGACAUCACCAAGUGAGGAGAGUGGAAGAAUGCGGGAUUGCUCGCGUGUGUCUGUGCAUCAAUCAGCCGGGAUACCUAUCAUCAUCUGAUCAAUUGGCUAGCUGAUGCCCGUACUCUGGCAAGGGCAGACAUAUCCAUCAUCGCCGUCGGUGGGAAACAUCACAUGAUACUCGUGCGAAGCUCUGCCAACGUGACAACCCGUUCGUCUGAGUAGGCAAUAAAAGUGACUUGAAGGACAAGAGAGCUGUCACUUUUCUCGAAGCGUCAAGAUGCGCGCAGGAGAAUGGUGUGUCCUCCAUGGUUCACAUGACUGUCUGCAUUCCUCAUGCCGUUCUCAGAGAUUUUGUUUCUCGAGACGAGUGCUCUGACCGGCGAGGGAGUGGAGGAGGUCUUCGUCAAGGUCGCCAAAAUGAUCCUAAACAAGAUCGAAGAUGGUAUGCAGCAUAUAGAAGAGGGGCUCGGGUACCAUGGCCUUUUUUCAGGCUUGAUUGACCCGGCUACGAUGAUGUCCGGAGGUUAGGCUUGGACAGGAAUGACGUUGUUUCAUACAGGAUGUUCUUUCUCUUGCUUUCAGUACAUGCUGGCGCUCGCUCAUUGCUAAAUGAAGCGAGUACUGUAGAAGCUCUACAGUCCAAUGUUGAUGAUUAAUUUCUGCUUUCUGCAGGUCCUGCAGAGCCGGCAUCGCGAUGUAUUUCUUGUUGACAUGAGAUCGAGUGUGUGCACAAGACCAGUAUAUCAACAGCGAUAAUGUAGUAGUGUCUCUGUACAACCUAUCCAACCAAUCUAUCAACAUCAUGGGCUGCCCUCACUCUCCCCUCCUCUUCUUCCUCUUGGGACGCUCCUCCUCACUAUCAUCUACGGCGGGCUGCUCUGCUGCUACCCUUGCCGACAAACGUGUAGUGCCUUGACUCCAUGGCCCGCCGGUGUGCGAUGGCCAUCUGCUUGGCCUUCUCGAAGCCAAGCUCCUUGAUGGAG